UUAAAAAAUAUAGGGUCCUUACAGGACCUUCGGCAAUCCAUUCAAUCCAACAAGUUUGGAGAGCGUGUUGAGUUUAAUCAAUUCAGAACGUCGAGAUGGAGCCCAACUCACCGAAGUGGGUAGGCUCUUCUUGCGGUUUACACGGACCAUAUAUAUUCUACAAGGCGUUUAAAUUUCACCGGGACAGUAAACCAAGAAUUCUGUCCCUCGGAGACUUUUUCUUCGUGAGAUGUAAGCCUGGGGAUCCGAUUUGCAUAGCGGAGCUACAGCUGUUAUGGGAGGAAAGGACUACUAAGCAACUUUUAUCAAGCUCAAAACUUUAUUUCUUACCCGAAGAUACUCCCUCGGGAAGGACAGUUGGCCAUGGAGAGCAUGAGGUUAUUGCUGUGUCAGAGAAGGUGAUUGUUCGGUUGGAGGACCUGGUGAAGUGGACAGUCCCAGAGUUUUCGGAAUGGUCCCACGGGCUGCGGGCAGCGCCUCUGAAGCCCUCUGUCCUGAGGGAGCUGGGCACCAACGGACACAGAGAGGCCCUCCACAGAUACAGGGAGAGCACCUUCACCAGCGGCCUCAACUUCAGAGACAUCCAAAGGGAGAGGUCUCAACUGGGUGAGGGCAGCAGCUUUCCUGUCUUUCAAGCUGUUUUGUUUGGCUGUUGAUCUGUAGUUU